AUGGACUCUUACUUGAAAAUUUAUGAUGGUGACAACCGUGACUCACUAGUUCUCCAGGAAAAGACUUGUGGGUCUACGAUAAUACCCCCUCUAGUUUCUACUCAACAUGAAAUGUUAAUUGAGUUUGUGAGCAAUCAGAAUCCUUCUCAAAGCAAAUUUAAAGUGACCUAUAAAGAAGGUACAUCUUCUUUCAUGCAAUGUAAAAUCUGUUAAAAGAACACACUAAGACCAUAACCUCAACAGCAUGCAGUAAAUAAACUACUGUGGUCUGCCAGAUCCGAUUCCCCACCUCCUCGCUGCACCCAGGAGAGCCUAAAGUUCCUGUUAAAGAUAUUGCAUUAGUUCUCCUGAGCAAAGCCCUGCAAUGCAUGAUUAGCUCAUUGCCUAAAAGCUUUACUGAAUCUGUCACUACUGGUAGCAAGUAGUGGUUGUUUCUCCACUGCAAAAUUUCACAGGUAGACAGGAACUUUCCUUUUGACAUUACUAAAAUCAAGUUACUAAGUAGCGGCCAUCAGUUCAUGUUCUCUUCUAUGGGAGCUGCUAGAUAAUGCAUUUUAAUUGGUUUCUAAUUUUAAAAAACAAAACAUAAAACUGGCCAAGUGGAUAUACAUUACCAUCUAAUUCCAUAUAGUUAAUUUGAAGCCACUACAAGCUACCUCCUGUUGUUAAAAUCUGCAGCUUACAGCAGAUAUUUAUUGACAAAGGCCUUAAUUUAAUAUUGUUCAUAACGCUUUUCAAAUGAGUUAAUCUUUUUGGAUAAACGUUUAAAAUGCCUUUUUUUCUAAAUAUUAACAUAUGAAAAAUAUUAGAAAAGAAAAACAGAAAAAAAGUCAGCACAAGUGCAAUACUAAAAUACUCAAACAGCAGCUUAAUCACCAAAAGCAGAGGGUCUCUUGUCUGAUGAGGGGUAGAAUAAAACAGAAAACAAAGGUGUAGCUAUUGGAAUGUCCUUUAGGUAAUGUUUAUAAUGACAAAAAGGAGAAAACAGAAAGUAUCGAUGGUGUGGUAGAUUAAAAACUUCUAAAUGGGGUAUGGAUAAUUAAAAUUUUGCGCUCACAUUUUCAGGACGCUCCCUUCCUAUGGAAUAGCCUGCCUACCACCAUCAGACUCUCCCUUAAAACCCAUCUCUUUAGGAAAAAUUAUGGCCUCCCAAACUAACCUCUACCUCACUGUCUCUUGCUCUCUCCUAAAGGGCAGCACUCUACUCUCUCCUCCAGCUCUGCUUCACUCCCACCUUAUUUGAUUGCUAUUUCCUGUCCUAAUGUGCUUUAUAGCCCACCUCCUAUAGACUGUAUGCUCGUUUGAGCAGGGCCUUCUUCAACCUAUCAUUCCUGUAAGUUUUCUUGUAAUUGUCCUAUUUAUAGUUAAAUCCCCCUCUCAUAAUAUUGUAAUGCGCUACAGAAUCUGUUGGCGCUAUAUAAAUGGCAAUAAUAAUAGGUGUACACUCACUCACUAGCAUAUAGUUAUAGUUUACUAGACCUGACAUUUUGCUGCUGGAUUCCAGUGAAAUAUAUUCUUGGUGGGGGUAAUACCACUUAAGCCUAUUGGAUUGAGCAAACAUCAUUAUGCUCUAAAGCAUGUAAAUAGGUUUUUCUUAUAACUUUUAUUGUGUUUUACACACUAUUUUAUGAUACGCACUAUUGUGGCUUUUAUUUCUCAUAUAUAUACAUAUAUAUUUAUAUAUAUAUAUAUAUAUUCAAAGUGGAAAAUUUCUGGAGUCCCAAUUUAGGCUUCAUAAUAUGUGAGUGUACACCUACCGAUAUUCCUACCCUAUUAGCUCAGCAUACUACACUAUAUAUUUUUAUGUUUUUUAUGAGGAUGCCUACUGCUACAAGGAUUACCUGGAGAUACCACACCACCCUAUAUCUACAAGUGGGAAUUAUUCCAACCAGGCGUUCAAGUCGAGCUGAAUUAAAGCUCCCUGAACGUGUGAGUGCACAAUUAUAUUUAUUCAUACUCUAUUGAGAUGUUUUUAACCUACUACACUAUCAGUCCUUUCUGUUUUUUUCACGUUUUGUCAAUAUAUACAUUUCCUAAAGGAUAUUCCAAGUGCUACACCUUUGUUUUCUGUUAUAACACAAAUUAUAUCAAUAUACAGCAAAAUAUCAAAAUAAUAAAAACAAUUAGAAUAUAUUUUACAAUAUUAAAACAUUUAGUUAAUACAAAAAUAGUAAAUAAUGUAAAAAUGUAUCCAAAAAUAUUAAAUUGAGGCCAAAGUUGUAAACAAGCCCAUAGAAUAUCUCAGGGAGGGUAAAUCAUGUUAAGGCUUGAUUGAUUAGGUGAUGACAAUUUGUAUAUUCAUCAAGAGUUCCUUUAUCAGUGAAACUGUCACGUAUUCAUCCACUUAUAAAAAUGUGGUUAAUGGCAUUUACUGUCCACACAGGAAAAGUUGUGCCGAACAGCAACCAAAUCCACAGAAGGGUUAAUGCUGAGCAGCAAUUAUGCAAAUGGGAACUGUAGCGGAUGGCACUGGGCUGUCCUGAGAAUUGCAUAAGUUUUGACUGCAUUUGUGUAAAUGGCAAAGUUAUAUGUGUUAAAUGUAUUGUAUUCGUCUGAUUGUUCAGUAGAAUCAUUCGAACAAACUAAGGGAAUGAAACUACCGAACAGUCAGACCUCCCCUGUGUGAAGUGUGACUUCAAUUACCCGUUGCAACAUUGUUGCGAACGGGUAAAUGACAAGCUGAGUAGCAGUCCUUUGUUCUCGGGGGUGGCCGCCAUUCGGAUAACGAACACGUGGCGGCCGCCAUUUUAAAACUCACGAACAGCAGUUUUGCUGUCGAGUGUCUGGAACUCAAAUCGGACAUUCGACUAGGCGAACACCACUGAGACCUGCACAAGCCCGGUCCGUUCGGUUCCAAACUACCGAACGGCUCCUCGUUCGGUAGAUAGAAACAACCGAACGAGGGGAUUCAGGUGAAUCCUCCCUAGUCUCUGUAACUGGAGGCUUUCGUGUAGUUUGUUCCCUUAUUCCAGGACCGACCGCAGGGCCCCAUCGCAUGGAACCCCAUUCGGCUAUUCUUUCCAGCGCGGUCGGUCAUUUUAUUCCCUCCAUAAAUUUCCCGAACCCCUGGUCUGAUCUGGGUGAUUUUGGGAUAUGUUGUUCACCCAGAUCAGGGCUACCAGGGGAUGUAUAAUUUAAAGCGGUAGCCCUAGGUUUAGGGGUACAUCCAGAAAUGGGGGGAAUUGGUGUCCUGGAUAAAGGGAUUAUGAUGCAGGCUGAGGGGAGUAGAUGUGUGGGAGGUUACCAGAACAGGAUUGGCUACUGUAUUAAUGACUGUUAAUCCAUCCCUUGCAUGGGAGCAUGCUUUAUAAGGCCACUGUCUGAAUAAAUCUUUAGUUCUGCUCCUGAUACUGUGUGUCGUCCAGUUAUUGGGAUUGCUGUUGGGAUACUGCUGUGUUAUUUUGCCUGCUGGAUACUUUGCCCUAUGGAUUUAUAAUUGCCUGUUCCUGAGCCUCCCUGGGAUCCAAAGGGGAGAUAGGCUGUAUAAUACCAGCUCUCUGCUACAGGAACCUGGUAACUGCCUUUGGGGUCAAAGGCCGGUUACAGCCUAUCAGAUCUAGAGGAGGGGUAUGUAGGCCCAGUUCUCAUCCUGCUCAGUGCCCUGUCGUGGUUUCCCUUGUGGUUGUCCAAGAGCGUGUUAUUGAUUCUGGUUAUUUGACUUUGGCAUUGUUUUUGACUUCCCUGUUUUCUGGCAUCCCUGACUCCUGGCUUUUCCUUAUCGUUGUGUCUCUUUCUGUAUCCCUUGACCUCGGCUAUUCCUGACUAUUCUUUGGUAUGUUAGUCCAGCCAUUCUAAGGUCCGGUAUACGUUACCUAUCAGUCCUCUGUGUUACACAAUUCUACAUUCUGGACCAUUCUGUAAUCCUGACAGAAACACCCAUCUACACAUCUACAAUUUGCACAACAUAAAAUUAUCAAUUUACUGUUAAUGUAUAUUUUUCAUCUGCAGUUAAGUUUGGAGACAUUUUCCGCCGUGAUCUUUGGUUUGUGGGAUCACCAAAAUACCCCAACCAGUAUCCCGAUAAUGAAGAAGCCAUUUAUAUUAUAAUAGCACCAUCCGGUAAAAAGGUGAGAUAAUAUUACAGGUACUAAGCCCACCUAUACUUUUUAAUGGGACACUGUAGACACUAAAAACAUUUCAUCUCAUUGAAUGCUACAGAAGGGAUGGGCUGCUGUAGACUCUUGUUUAGAAUUGAAACAUUAAAAACUGUUUAAAGCUGAUUGGAAGGACAGCACCAGGGUACUUUAGACACUACAAUCAAUUCAAUGAGAUGAAGCAGUUAUGAUGCCUACAGUGUUCCUCUAAGCUGCCUAUCAACAGACCUGUAAAAAAAUCUAUUGAAAUACAUUUACUGAUGUACAUUGAUUACAAUAAUAUGGUGUGACAUGUCUAAGCCCAAAUCCUAAAUACAAAUCGCAGAUCAUAUAUCAUCAAAUAUCACCCAAAAAUAUGUUCCAUCAAAAAGCAAGACAAAGUAAAAAUAAAUAUACAGUAUUGAUUAAAUGACAAUAAAUAGUCACAAAGACCAAAGCUCAUACGGUAUAAAAGCUCUUAAGUCUUGAUUUCAAAGUGUAACCAUGCUAUGAUCGAUAAAAGACAUGAUCAAAUGUUCAUGGUGUUUUCUGUAAAAUUGGCCUUUAUUACACACAUGAUUAAAAACUAUACAUAGGUGAAUUGGUAUGACAGGUGGAGGGGAGCUGUGAAGAUUUUUUACACCUGGCGGCGUAACAGCUUAAGGAUGGCACUGUGUGGGAUAACAUACAGGAACUCAAGAUAACACUGUGCAGGCUCUAGAGCCAAUUCCACCUUAUCGGUUGAGAACAUUAGAGAGACAUGAGAGCAUUCAAAACAUUUAACAAUUAACAAUAAUACACACCCUGAACUAUAUUAGGUGACUUAAACAAAAGACUAUUUCAUGACUCCCAACAGCAAACCAGGUCACAUAUAAUCCCAAGGUCUAGCAACUUUGGGGAAAAUGGAGGCAUACAGUUACUAAAAUAGCUGCCAGAGAGAAGAGUAGUGUGGCGGUCCACCGCAGCAUGGCUGGGAUCUCACCAUCCCUUCUCCUGGAUCCAGCUCCCAGUGAGAAGACCUCUCCUCCAAGAGAGUAUAGCAAUGUAGCUCUUAUUAGAGCUAGUGAUGAUAGCAAUCCAAAGAACAAUCCCAAGAGCAGGGAUUAUAGCUGGUAUUGCUUUCCCCUACGAGCACGAGACAAGGCUCUGUGUGGAGGGUAAACUGGAACUGGUUUUGUUGGUAGCCACAAUUGGCCUUAAAUGCAGGUCCCCAUGCAAGGGGUUUAACCCCUUAAGGACACAUGACAUGUGUGAUAUGUCAUGAUUCCCUUUUAUUCCAGAAGUUUGGUCCUUAAGGGGUUAAUUUACAUAUCCCAGGGGCAUUCCCCACUGGACCUGAGAGUAGACUAGGACAAAGUACAUACUGUAUUUACACUGACUCUCAGGUCACUCCUACACAAAACAGGAUAAUCCCUCUGUGGCGAAACCAACCUCGCCACUGUGAACUGGAGAAGCCUGGUUGCUCGCCUGCUCCCUUUGGACUAUGGCCCUGCAGGUUAAACCGUUUAUUUCCCCUGCAGAAAGGCUUAUUUGUGUGAUCUGAGUGCCAUUCAUCUAAUAAUGUGCACUCAGAUCCCAGCUAUCUGGGGAUAUGUGAAAUGUCUGUGUGUUAUGUGUAAAUGUGACUUUAUGUAUUUUAAAGUGUUUUGUGUCUUUUGCAACCAUGUGCUUAAUGGAGUCUUGUGUCUGUCCUGGGAGAUAAUUGAAUUACUCUCCAGGAUAGAAGACUCUGAAACUGGUUUGGGCCAGAAAGCCAUGCUUCAUUUAGUCACAAAGGACUUUCCCUUAACUUUUGAACCCCUGGUCUGAUUCGUGCCAUUUUUUAAUAUGUUGUUCCCCUGAAUGGAUUGAUUAUGAAAAUGUAUGUUUUAUGUUUGUGACAUGUAUAUUUUAGAAGUUAUAAAUAUUGUGUAAAAACUGUAUUCCUCUGCCGGUGAUAAUGAGAUUACCCAUUGUGUUCAGUAAUCAUAUCACCUGCAGAGGGGAGGAUUUUGUGUGGGAGUGUCUGGGUGUAUUGUACGGAUUGAUUGGUUGUUUUGUAACGCCCUGUGGGCUGUACUAUGUUUGUGGAUUGGGAAUAAAAGAGACUGUAUGUGACAGUACAGGGAGUUCCUGCUUAACCCUCAAAGUGAAGUGUCGUCUCAUUAUUGGGGGAAGGAUUUAUUGUAUGCUGUUCCAGUUUGACUGCUAGGAGAGUAAACCUAUUCGUAUGGUUCCUAUUCAACUGUCUACAGCAUUCAUAUGCUUGAGAUGAUUCAUAUGCUUCUCCGGUUCGGUGGUUGUGGUGUCUGCUGCAGUGCUUGGAGUCCUCAGGAAGCGCUAGGAGCAUCCUUCAACGGAGGUACCCAGUCGGGGUGCCAGGUGAUCCGUUACACCCUCUCCUGUGCCUUGGAGAUUAUUGGGUCAAGAACUGUAUUAAACUCAAUUAUCUCAAGGCACAGAAUACAUACAUUUUUGCAAAACCCCCAAAUUACCUUUAAACAUACAAAACCCCUAUAAAAGUUACAUCCCUUGAUAGCGCCAAUCUGAGGGACCAUCAUAUCCAAAAAUCACCUAGAUAGGUUCAGGGUUUUGGGAAUUUCCUGGAAGUCAUAAUUUGACCGACUGUGUGCAUGGUCCCAUGCCCAAAACAGUUCCAGAGAAUCAGGGCUUGCAGUCAGUCUAAUUCAGUGGUUUAAAAACUGAACAAACUACCGAACAUAGUCAAUGUUCUUACCCUGAAGCUUGUUCACCCUGUUUGUGGGAAUAUUUCCACUGAACAGUGGCCUUCUAAGUUGUGUAGAACCAAACACAGGCGAUCUUGGAAGUCCAGCGGUGUAAAGGAGUUUCAGUGUCCGAAAACAGUUCCAUGAACUCGACGACCAAACACCACUGCCUGCGUUCACAGGAACAAGAUGACCGCCACCUUGUGGUCAUGGUGGUUUGUGCGCCUGUUCGGUUCCCGAACCAAAUAUAAAAUCCCAUGAACCAAGUCUGUCCACAUAGUUUUUAAAGGGCCCAUAGUCUUUCGGCAGGGGGCUGGCAAGCAGGCCUCUCCAGGAACAUGUGGCAGAGGCAUUUCUGCUACAACAAUAACACUUAAAUUAAUUUUAAUACUAUUCUACCAACCUAUCCCUACCCUUACCUUUUGUGUCACUUUACCCCACUCCCUCUAAUAUGUAAGUUUAUUGAGCAGGGCCCUCAACCACUCUGGUCCAGUGUGACCAACUCAUCUGAUUACAAUUACUUUGUUAGUGCUUUAUAAAUAAUAAUAAUAAUAUAUUGCGACGGUAAUCGUCAUCACUGUGGAUGGAAGACAGAAACUAUGUGUGGGUCCUCAGAUUCAUUUUGUGAUUUGGUAACCCUGUGCCCAUUAUUGGUGCAGGGUAUGAUGAAUGUAUUGCUUGUCUGUGCCUCUUCCCCUCCCCCUUUUUCCUGUCCUAUUGUUUCCCCAGCAAGACAUUGUCCCAGGGACACUGCCAGACCAGUUUAAACUAGCUGCCUUGUUCCUCCUCAAUCUCCCAUCAGCCCUUGCUUGAGUACAACCCCAUCCUUCCUUAUAGUACUCUAUUCACCCUAUUUUAUGUAAAUGAGGCUGUUGGGGGCUUAAAUAUAGGUGCUAUGUCUAUUAAAGUGCGUUGCUGUUUUAACCUUCACCAAGUGUCUACUGAUGGAAAGUCUGUCCAGGGUGUAACAGUAACCUGGUCAAGUGGGGAAAAGGCCCUCAGUGAUCCCAGUCAAGCCUUGGCAACUUGGUCUGAAGUGCUCCAGGGUCCCUCAUAGCUACGAGGAAGAAAACUAGGCGAAGGUGCUCGGUCGGAGUACUGGAGCUCCGUUACAUUUGGUGGCAGCUGCGGGAUCGACUUUCUCCUUGCAGGAUACCUCUGGAACACCUUGGGAGACCUAAUGGAGAACCAUCAGUAUGGCAGCUUCUCAUCAGAAGAGGUUAAGGAAUCAGAGUUCCUGAAAGAUGCACUAUGGAAACUAUUCCUGCUUUGGCCAAACAUACCAGCAAAGAUGGUGCUUCAGGUUAUGGCAAUGGCUACAAGAGCAACCAUAGCAACUGAAUUCCAGAGUAGACACUUAACCUGCUCAACAGACCAAUUUCAGAGGAGGAGACCUUGGAGCUCAGGAAUCAGGUAUGCUUGGAGCUCUGGGAGACGGCACCUCAGUUUUUAGAGGAAAAUAUUGCAACCAAUAUCUCUCAACUACAAGACAACAAGCCGAGGCAGCGCCAGGAGGAAUGGGUAUACAAAAUGAAAAUGCUGGUCCAGGAGGAAAUGGAGUUGGACAACCGGUACCGUGCUCUGCAGUGGCAAGCAGAGCAGGAAUAUUUAGGGUUGGAGAGUGACUGGUUCCCAGAGGGCUAUGGCUUUGGCGGUUCGGGACUAUUAUAGAAAAAAUUCCAGGAUGCUGACCUGCUAGGGGUACCCUUCACUGUGGAAGAAACACAAAGAUAGGGCCCAAUGCUUGAUCAUGUGCCAGCCCUGAUGUUUGACCUGGAUUAUCUAGUCAACAAGAGUGGAGUCUAAAAAGGGAUAUAGGAGGCUACUGGAGACUGUGCAGAAAUAUUCCCUGCAAGCAAAACAAAAAUUGCUUGUUAAUUCCCCAGCUGAAGCACUGGCUUUGGAACAGAGCGCUGCUGGCCUCUGCCCCCAACAUGCAGCAAUGCUGGGAUUUGAGAGCAGAGAGGACAGCCUUUUGGUGAUGGUGGAGCUGGCAGAGGUACACCUGGCGCCGAUGGCCUCUGUCCCCAUCUUGAGCAAUGCCAGAGCUGGAGAGCAAGGAGAUCAACGUUCUAGUGAAUGUGGAGUUUGAGGAGUGUGCAACUUUCCCAACUGAAGUGUUGGCAUCGAGGCAGAGCACUACUGACCUUUGUCCAAACCCACUGGUAACCCAUGAGCCUGAGGCAUCUGAUACAGCUGGCCCCACAGAAGAGCGGAUCCAAGGGCGAAGCACCACUAACCUCAUCCCUUCUCCACAAGCACUGGAGGAUCUCUAUCCAGUACAGGUGGAUGGGACUUUGGUCUCUAGCUGUGGUCCCCAGGGAGGCAGGACAGAAGAGGCCCAGCCAACCUACCUUCCCUCCAGUGGCUGAGAGAGAUCCAGGGAGAUGGGACAGUUGGCAUAUAUUCUUCAGGAGAUGCAGAGGUCCGCUGGUUGAAUGCUGCUCUUGCAUGGAGAAUUUGUUUGGGGUACCAAUUUAGUGAUGGCCUUGGUGGGCUGACUGUACUGACUAACUUCAAAGUCAACUCGUCUGGGGUCUCCUGUAUUGCUCUCCUUCUGAAGGUGAAAAAAUGUGCUGGAAACUAUCCUGGGCUGGAGACAAAGGUUUCCAGAUUUGCUAUUGGGGUUUGUGGGUGUCAUGGUGGCCCACUGAGAGUGAAGACAUAUGGGGAUAGGUUUGAGUUUGGGGGGGGGGGGGCAUGUCAGAUUCACUGGGAACUCCCUUUCUCCACUUACAAGUCUCCUCUUAUGUCUAAGAGUCACCCUGUGCUUAUUAGGGGCACAGGGUGACCAGGAAGCAUAGUCUGGCUUCCAUGAACUGAUCGGCUAUGAGAGCUCCAUGCGCCCAAAUGGGACAAACUUACAAAGUAUGUUGAACAGUGUCGUGGAUGCUGCCAGAAUGGAUUGACUUUUUUGGACUUGUUACCCAACUAACUCAGGCAUAGACCGAUUGGAGGUCUGGUACCUGGUUAGUCUACCUUUGGGACGGUAAUCACCAUCACUGGAGAUGGAAGACAGACACUAUAUGUGGGUCCCCAGAUUCGUUUUGUGUUUUGGUCAUCCUGUGCCCAUUAUUGGUGCAGGGUAUGUUGAAUGUAUUGCUUGUCUGGGCCUCUGCCCCUCCCCCUUUUUCCUGUCCUAUUGUUUCCCCAGCAGGGACACAACCAGACCAGUUUAACCCCUUAAGGACCAAAUUUCUGGAAUAAAAGGGAAUCAUGACAUGUCACACAUGUCAUGUGUCCUCAAUCUCCCAUUAGUCCUUGCUAUUGUCUGAUCCCACCUUCCUUUUACUAUAGUACUCUAUUCACCCUAAAUGAGGCUGUUGGGGGCUUAAAUAUGUGUGCUAUGUAUGUUGAAGGGAGUUGUAUUAACCUUUACCAUGUGUCGUCUGGUGUUUGGGGAAAUCGGCUGAUGGAAAGUAUGUCCAGUGCUAUAAACACAGCAGCAUGGUCAAGGGUGGAAAAGGUCCUCAGUGAUCCCAGUCAAGCCUCAGCGACUGGGUCUGAAGUACUCCAGGGUCCCUGAUAGCUACAAGGAAGCAGACUUAGCAGAGGUACUUGUGACAGAACCAUCUGUUUGGUUAUUUCAGGUGUAUUCGUCUGUUUCUAUCCUGUUCAUGUAAAUGGCUGUUUCCUAUAGCCCAGCCAUACGAAUGACUGUUUUUCCCGAACAAACCUACCGAACGGACGGCCACCCAGGAGAGAAGUGUGCUGCUAGUUAACCUAUUGAUCCCAAUUAGAACGUUGUGGUUAACCGCAGACACUUCUCAUUUAAACCGAAUUCAGGGUGGUCGUCGUUCGUAUGUCGACCACGAGGCAGUGGACAUUUUAAACCAUGCGAAAGCCCAGCGGUGUUUGGCUCUAUUUCUAUGGAACUAAAAACUGACACUUUUUCUGCCGAACACCGCUGAAACAACGGAAUGCCUGGCUGCCUCCACGAAAGCAUACGAAUACCGGCCGUUCGGGAGCUUUGAAGCAUACGAAAAGACUUAACCCAGAUAGCCUUCCCAUGGAGUCAUUCGUAUACAGAAGGACUGUAAGAACUUUGACUCCAUGGCGAUUGAACUAUGUGUGUGGGAUCUGAGCGCUAUUCGCUAAUAAUAUGCACUCAGACCCAGGCUAUCUAGGGAUAUGUGAUGCGAAUGGUAAAUGUUCGGUUUUUGUGAAGUUAUGUAUUUUUAUGUCUUUUCUGAUUUUAUAUUUAAAAUGGCGACUGGCUUUGUCCUGGAGAUAAUUGAGUUACUUAUUAAUUAUCUCCAGGGCAGCUGGGAGAAAACCAUAUUGCAUUGUGGGCAAAAGCUGUGACUGUGUGUCUGGAAUGUCCCCAUAUCUGUCUGUCAUUUCAGUCUCCCAUUUGGUCCCCUAGGGGAGUGUCCACCAAGUGGGAGACCUGCAUAAAUACGGGCAGGUAGCCCACAGUAAAGCCAGAUCCUGUUUGACCCUCAAUGCGGAGCUUCUGUUUCGUUAUUGGGGGGAUUUAUUAUUUGCGCUUAGAGGCUGCUGGAUGGAACCGAAAGCCGCUUGGUGGAUAUUAUUGUUCGGCAGCUAGCAGCAGUUCGGGAGGUUGGAGCCGUUCACGGAUCCCGGUCGGGAGAUUGCCGCUUCCCCUGAGUUUGGUUCGUGCACUACGGUUAUGUGAACGGAGAUUAUUGGUACUGCAGAAGGGGAAGGUCGACUAAACGGCGGUUUUGUUUAAAGACACAAGGGGUGUCUUAACAGUACUCAGUUGAUAUACUGGAGCUCUGUUACAUAUCAUGUCAUGAAUAUAAAUUAAAUGAGGGAGGAGUGAAUGCCUAAAGAUAGGAAAGUAGAAGUGUAGAGCCAAAUGUAGGCAGGGAGGGAGACUGAGAUCUUAUUAUGCAGAAGAUGAUGUGCCACAUCAGGAAAUCUACCCUAGCCAGGCAGGAAUAUUCUCGAUUAAAUGUUAGGCAGUUUCGACUGUAAACUUAUUUUUACUGGCACAGCUGGUUUUAAAUAACUGCUUAAAUCUAUCCCUGCAAUGCUAUCUUAAUUUAUAGCAUUAGAUUUAUAGCACACAGUACAUCUUUAUAUAGGGUGGUAGGUAAAGAGUUCAUUUAGAAUUUUACUCAAAUCAAAGACAAUUCGAGAAAUAUAUAUCUUGUAACCUUGAGUUUGUCUUCAUCUUCUAGGUGUCUCUAGAAUUCACUAUGAUUGAAUUGGUAUAUUGUAAAUUUACCUGCUCCUGCAUCUGUGACUACGUCAUGAUAAUUGAUGGACCCUCCUUAAAUGGCCGUGUUCUGGGCAAAUUCUGUGGGUUUGCUGUACCUCCUCCAAUUGAAUCUACGCAAAACGUAGUGAUAAUACGUUUUCACAGUGAUAGCCUAAAAGGUGCAGCUGGAUUCAACAUACGAUAUCAUUUUGGUAAGGAAAAUACAUGA